AGGCGGCCGGGUCAUCGCCAAGCUGGCAGAGUACGUGGGCUCCUUCGUCGUGGAAGACGUGGAACUCCAGCAGAAGGCCCAGGCGAUCCAUCGGCACCUCCAGCAGCUGAAGGACUGCCCGAGGCGGCGAUCCGUCGUCCUCAAGUUCUGCCUGCAGGGCCUGAAGAUGUACAGCGUGGAAGGAGAGGCUCUCCUCAUGGCUCACGCCCUGAAGCGCAUCCUCUACAGCACCUGGACACCCGCCGGCUGCCAGUUCGCCUUUGUGUCCCGCAAUCCACGCAGCCCGCCCAGCAGGCUUUUCUGCCACUUGUUCGUAGGCAGCCAGUCGAGCGAGGCCCAGGUGCUGCACUUGCUGCUUUGCCGCUCCUUCCAGCUCUGCUACCUGCUGAUGCACCCCGAAGAACAAGACUGGCGUUCUAGUGGGCCUGUUCCGCGAGAGGCCGGCAGGCCGCUGGGAUCCUCUCUGGACAGCCGGGUGGUGUGGGAGUCCCUCAGCCCGGAGGAGGUCUCCCAGAACGUCAACGCGCUUGUCUCCUUCCGGAGGCUCCCGUGCCCAGCGGAUUUUGGCUCCUCUGUCAGCGUGAGAGAGCGGCUGGAUUUGGAGCAGAGCAGCAGCCUGGGCGCGUCCCGCCCCGGCAACCCCUACUGCUCCCCGAUCCUGGUUCGCAAGAAGGCCAUCCGCAGCAAGGUCCUCCGCUCCGGAGCCUACCGGGGCUGCACCUUUGAGGCGCAGCUGCAGCAGAGCGCGCGCGAAAUGUUUCACACCAGUUGCGACGGCAAAGGCAGCAGAGGCAGCCUGGCUUACCUGCCGGAAAGCGACAGCGGCCUCAUGGAGAACGUGUGGUCUUUUGCGGGCCUUGACAGGGAUGCUGGGAUGGGGCUACUGAGAAGCGAUGUGCUGGGAUCCUUCCUCCUCUGGGCUGAGCCGGGUUCCACCAACCAGUGGUGCUUGACGGUGAGGACACGGUGUGGCGUGAUCCCGUACCAGAUUUACCGGAGCCAGCUGGGGAAGUAUUCUGUUGAGCAUUUGAAUGUGGAGUUCCCCAAUAUGGAAGCCCUGCUGGAUCAUUACUCUGGGAUUCAGGGGGGCCUCUUCUGCUCCCUGGCCACAGGCCGGAUCAAUCACUCUUACGAGGAGCAAGACGGCAUGGCGGACGACGCCUGGCGGGAAGAGCGAAGUCGCCGGCAGGCCUCGUGGCUCUACGGCGCCAGUAGAUCUCUGGCUGUCCAGCAGGAACUGGGCUAAUGAGCUGCAAAACACGGUCCAGGCUUUCUUCUCCUGCCAUCCGCAUAGAAUUGUACUCGCUCUUUUGUGGUGUUGCAAGCUACAUGGCGCCUUCGCCCUUCAGCACCCUCCUGUUCUGAUGUGGUAGAGUCUGUCCCUCUGGUACGGGCCCAGUAGAACAUGAAUGUCAACAGCAAAUGUGUCUUAACGUUUUCUAGCCAAAGGUCCCCAUUGUGUUGACGCCCGAGGCCAGUAAGGUGCAGGGCUGAGCCCUUUUCAUCGCUCUGGUACUUCAGGGAUAUAUUUGCGUGUUAAUCUCAUCAGUAGACUGCAAGUGUGUGGGUGGGGUAUGCACCAGGAGCUUGCGGGGGCCUCCAAAUGGUUUGGCUUCCGACUCUCACUAGCUAUGCUGGCUAGGGCGGACGGGACUUGUAAGCCAAAACAUCUGGAGGGCCACGAAUUGCCCAGCUGUGGUAGACACACACACACGCAUCAGGGCCCUGUUACAUCAACCAGGCUUACUCCUGAGUUGACCUGUGUAGGUUUGCCCUGCCAAUCCUUUUCAUGGCCCCACCUGAGUCUGCAAAGGGGCGUCUUUUGAUGACAAU